GGCACAGGGAGAGAUGUUGAGCUGGCUGCUUCCACCCAUGGCUCUGCACACACACAGGGGCGGGUUGUGCCGGGGAGAACGGGAGGCUGGGCUCCGAGGCGGCGGAGGCGGUGGAGGAGGAGAAAGCGGUGGUGGCGGCGGUGGCGGCGGCGCUGCUGCUCCCGCAGCCUGCCUGCCUCCUUCGGUGACCGAGCCGCUGCUGCUGCUGGGCUGCUGCCUGCGGCCGGACGACCCGGCCGAGCGGGGGCUGCUGCUGGCGCCGGCGGGCGAGAUGAUGGCGGAGGGCGGCGGCGGCGGCGGCCAGAGGUUCAAGGCGCUCUCGCUGCUGGAGGCGGCCCGCUGCCGCUACGAGAGCCUGCAGAUCUCCGACGACGUCUUCGGCGAGUCGGGCCAGGACAGCAGCGGCGGCAACCCUUUCUACAGCACCACGGCCGAGUCGCGCUCCGCCUCCGACGAGGACGCCGACGAGGAGCGCGAAGCCCCGGACGGAGGACGCAGCCAGCGGGGAAGGACGGCGGGGAGACGCGGAGCCAAGCCAGCGGCCGAGCAGCAGCAGCAGCAAGUGCCCGGCGGCUCGGAGGCGGCUUGCCCGGCGGCUUCCCAGGAGCAACAGCAGGAGAAAGAGAAGGUGGAAGAGGAGGAGGUGGAGGACGAGAAGAGGGGAUGGAGCCAGAGCCUGAGAAACACCGCGACCCCUUCCUUCAAGGAUAGCAGCGGCCCCACUCGCAAAAUGCCACCAACUGCCAGUGCCAUGGACUUCUUCCAACUCUUCGUCCCUGACAACUUGCUGAAGAACGUGGUCCUGCAAACCAAUAUGUAUGCCAAGAAGUACCAGGAGCGGUUUGGGAGUGAUGAUGGCUGGGUGGACGUCACCCUGACAGAAAUAAAGGCUUUCCUCGCGUACAUGAUAUCCACCAGCACUCACCAUUGCGAGUCCGUACUCAGCAUCUGGAGUAGUGGUUUCUAUAGCAACAAGAGCAUAGCACUGAUCAUGACUCAGACGAGAUUUGAGAAGAUCCUCAAGUACUUCCAUAUUGUGGCCUUCCGCUCCAGUCAGACUACACACGGCCUCUACAAAAUCCAGCCCUUUCUGGACUCCCUGCAACACAGCUUUGACUCUGCCUUUAAGCCUUCCCAAACCCAGGUACUCCAUGAACCUCUGAUCGACGAAGAUCCGGUUUUCAUUGCCACCUGCACAGAGCGAGAGUUACGCAAGAGGAAAAAGCGGAAAUUCAGCCUCUGGGUACGGCAGUGCUCAUCAACUGGUUUUAUCUGCCAGAUCUAUGUCCACCUGAAAGAAGGAAGUGGCAUGGAAGGCCUGGAUGCUCUGAAGAACAAAACCCAGCUCCACAGCAUGGUGGCCAAGAGCCUUUGUCAGAACGCUGCAGGGAAGAACUACAUCAUUUUUACUGGGCCCAGCAUCACCAGCUUGAAUCUCUUUGAAGAGUUUGAGAAACAAGAGAUUUAUUGUUGUGGGUUGUUAAGUGCAAGAAAAAGUGACUGCACAGGCCUGCCUCCAUCUAUGCUAAAUAACCCAGAUGCUCCUCAGUCUCGAGGACAAUAUAGGAUAAAGAUGAAAGGAAACACAUCCUUGAUCUGCUGGUACAAUAAAGGCUACUUUCGGUUUUUGACCAACGCUUAUUCUCCAAUUCAACAAGGUGUCAUAAUUAAGAGGAAAAGUGGAGAGAUCCCUUGCCCAUUGGCAGUAGAAGCCUUCGCCGCUCAUCUUAGUUAUAUCUGCAAAUAUGAUGACAAAUACAGCAAGUAUUUCAUCUCUCAUAAACCAAACAAGACCUGGCAGCAAGUGUUCUGGUUUGCCAUCAGCAUUGCCAUAAACAACGCCUACAUCCUAUACAAAAUGUCCGACGCCUACCACAUGAAAAAGUACAGCCGGGUGCAGUUCGGCGAGAGACUUGUCAAAGAGCUACUGGGAUUGGAGGAUAUUUCGCCUUGCCAUUGAUGCACCAUUCCCCGUGGCUUAGGUCAGGAGCGGGGAAGAGGAGGAGGAGGAAGAAGACGACAACUCUGGAACGCCAAAGUGAGGACCUUGCAAUCACGCUGCUCCCCCAUGUGACAAAGUGACCAGGGAAGCCAUGAACGUGGUGGUGGUGGUGGGGGGCUUGGAUGAAGACCCCACCAGUAUCCCCAAGGCCCUAAAGAGGGCAUGUGUCAUGGGCACUUAACGCAUAAGAAGCAAAUUUAAGUUAGCAGCUGUUUCUUAAUACUAUUUGUUAAACAGGGUGUUAAUUGUCACAUAAGGCCCCCUUCCCUGUCCUCUCCCAAACUGAAGUGGCUCGAUUGUUCAGACGGGGCAUUACUGUAAAGCAUAUUCAGUUUCUUUAAAAUGUGCAAUCGGCACACGGUGUAGAGACAAGCGGUGUCCUGUGGUUGCAGAUGCUCAUCGCCUGGCGAGGGGUCACGGAGAGGUCGCUAAAAAGAGAUACUGGAAAAUGUAUAAAUCUAUUUUGCAAGCCUAUGGUUAGGCAACAGCAGCAGGAGACUUAGAUGACUGACGAAGAUUUUAUUUUCUUGCAAUGCUUUUGGAUUGUAGGAGGGAAUAUAAUUUAGGAGGGGGAAGAAAAAACAACAAUUUUUUUAAAUAUAAAUGAAUAGCCAGAAAUCGGUGGCUUUGCCUAUCAAAGCUAACGUCAUUUCGCCUUAAAGUCAGUGUGAGCUUUGAGGUUAACUUCAGUGAUGCCAUAACGCGAGAGAUUUAAUUUAAUUUUAAACACAGUAUAUUCUUUUCCCAGCAUCGAAGCACACUAAUACAAAAGAUAAUCUAACUUUUCGCUAACUUUUAGUCUCUGCAAACAUACACAGGAUCCCACAGCACAAGCAACAAUGAAAAAAACCAGAAGGCUUCCCACUGCUCUGUCUUUGCAGAUGCAUAUCCCAUAUCUGAAUUUUCCAUGAAAAUACUGCUAACAGCACAUAAUGCACUAUUGCGCAAGAGCAUCAUUGGAUUUGGAGCAUAACGUAAUGCACUACCCCGCCACCCCACCCUCCCGCUCAAGACUGUUUUAGCAUACCUUUUAGUUAAUAUUUGCACAAACCUGGCAGGAAAUAAUAGCUCAACGUGUUUUGUUGUGUGCUCAGGGUGUUGUUCUGCAAAACCUCUUUGAAGUGGAGACUUCCCAUAAUAGUUACACAUUUGCAGAAAUUACACAUCUGUAAAAACAAUGAACCGAGGUUUUGAAAUCAACCACAAGCCAAGCAAGGGAGCUAUAUCUCUCAAAAGGGCAACAUGAGUUUGUGAGUAGGGAGACUACUUGGAAGUUUAUGGUACUAGUGGCCAAGAGUUGCAAGAGCACACAAUAAAAGGCUUUCAUUAAGGUAGGGAUGGACAACCUGUUGGUCUCUGCUCCCAUCAGCCCCAGUGGUGAUGGGGGCUGGUGGUCCAUGAAUACCUGGAGGACCAUAGGUUCCCCAUUGCUUGCAUAGAGCAUGAUCUCAGUAUAAACACCUUCCACCAGCAGACCAGCAAGGUCUCUGGGAAAGUAUAUUCAUGGGAUUUCCAAGGAGGGCCUGAAUUCUUCUACACUCGCUGGCACUAGUGGUUUUUAAGGGCUAACAUUCCUGAGAGAUGGGGAGGGGUAGCUUGUUUUACCCAGAACUCAUCCUCUCCUAAGGCCAUACCAUAGAGCAAGGAAAUCUGGCUGCAUUACAGCUCCGUAAGGAAAACAGUGGUACUGUUCCAUGGAGAACGUUCCACCCACCCAUUCUUUACAUAGUCGGGGAUGUGGCCUGACAGGAUGCUGUUCUUGCAGCCUCUCAGCUCUAUAAGAUUACUAGAGAGUAUACACGCCCCAUGUGAAUUUCCCUGUAGAAAAUAGUAAUGCAGAAAGGCUCUCCUUGCUGUUUUUCUCAAUUCAGUAAAUGAGGCUCAACUCAGCGGUGUCUGAUUCCAGGGUCAAUUCCUGCCUCUCCCCUCUUUUUCCUCCCCCCCCCCCCCGGAGUCCGACAAUGCGCCAAUUUGAAAGGUGAGUGAAGCAAAUAAGGCUUCAUGGCAGACUCCCUACUUAUUCUGAAGGUUUCUGUAUUAAAUAAUCUUCCAAAAAUGUUGCACCCAGCCAGUAAGGCUUCUCUCUUACAUAGACACAAGUUAAAUUCUCACUGGAAUUAAAGGCUCUUUCCACAGUGUGGGCCAUAGGAUCAAGAUAUACUUAAUAGAAAUCUAUAGCAACAGCCAGUCAGAUGUUUUAACAAAAUUCUUUUCUUGUAUUAAAAUUUCCACCAGGUCCUAGUUUGGCCUAAGGGAUUGGCUCCUGGUAAUUUUUUUCCCUUGUAGUUAACACUGGUUAUUAGAUUUCACAGCUUUGGAGUGAGAAAAAAACAAAAUGGCAGCCGGAUGCUGUUUGGUAAUGAGCUUCAGUCCCCAGCUGGAUCCUCUAGUCAUUGGCAUGUGAUGGUUUCCUAAAUGCGUUUCAAAAAUAGAUUAUUACACUCACCCAACUAUUCGUAAGUUGUGAAAAGGUCCAGCGGUUAUAGCGCUUGGAUUCUUUUAGGAGGAGGUCAGUCACUGGAGGUUUACUGCUGCUUUCUAAUGUUUACAUUCAUUUACAAAUAUACACCUUGAGCUUAAACACUCCAAGAGCCACAGUGCCAAAGUCUACUGCUCUGCUGUCAGGUCUUGGGAGAUAAACAACACCCUGGGAAGCUUACAGAGCCCUAACUCAGCUCUUUGAAUCUGGGUGUUCUCAGUCUCAGUUCUAUGCAUGCUUGCCUGAGAGUAAGCCCCAACGAGAAGAAUUCAAUUCAUUUUGCGUUCACCUUUAAACUACCUAAUUUGCACUUUUUUUUUGAACGAUAUGUGAACUGAAAAACAGUAAUCCUCCAAGAUUCACACUUUGAAUUUUGCAGUGUGGUUGUGUCAAGUGAUGUGUACAGAAAAGCAUAGUCUAGGGUAAAAUGGGCAUAAAAAUGCAUAUAUUCUUGAAAAUAGCAUACGCAAAUGCUUUUUAUCAGGGGAAACUGCUUCGCAAAAAAAAAAAGUGUAUAUUAGUUAAAACUGCAUACAAAAAUGUGUUCAUUUGGAGAAAUUCAUACUUAAAUGCAGACAAUUUUUUAUUAGGGUGUUUUUUUAAAAAAAUCACAGGUUGCAGGAAUAUGUAGAACUGAAUUUAAGAUUUAAAUUUAAGAGAAAGUUUGAGAACUGGAACUGAUUUGUCCAUUCCUAGUCCCAGGGAACCAACGAGACUUAAUUCUGAGUGAUAUACAUAGGAUUGCACUGUAAAGUACUAAUAAUCUAACUGCACAAGAAUGUUGUGGCCAACUCAAUCAGCCUUUGGGGUGAAGGCAGAAUUUAAUUCCUCCUCUCCCUCUUUCCUCAAUUAACCAGACAAAAGUGCUAGGAAGUUACCGGUACCUGAAAAAGGCUGUGUCCAUCCCACCCUCGCUAGACUACUCUCAAACAAUUUGACCAGAACAUAGAUACAUAAAUUCCUCCCACUGGAAUCAACAGAAUUUGAAAGUGUUCGGUUUCUGACUAGAUUACGAGGGCACCACUAUUGUGCUUGAGUUUCUGCAAGAUACUGCAUAAAGGACAGAAGUCUUGCAAGCCAACAUCUAUAAUGCUGGUAAGUUGGGAAAGGCAAGUUGAUUCCUGUACAGUUUCAGCUCAUCCUUUGCCAACAUGACAAAUAUGAACCUGCCCUUCCCAGCUGUCCAGCAUUUUAUAUGUUGGACUGUAAAACUUCCUCCUUGUUUAGGAGUUCAACCUAUGCAUAGUUCCCACUGAACGCACUGGGAUUUACUUCUGGGAAAGCAUACGCAAGCUUCUGGCUAUUAUUUUCUCUGGAUAAAAUAGUAACUAUGUUGAUCUGCUAUAUUAGUAACCACGUAAGCAGUCAGCAAGGAUCUUUGCCAGUCUCAUGUCUGGGAGCUGUUCAACAAAGAGAGGCAGAAGGGAAGGAAACAUGCUUAUCACGUGCUGAAUGCCACAAAAGUCAAGUUGACAAAGAGACGGAAGAGUGAAAAGGCUGCCUGUUUGAGGUGACUGGUUUUCCCUCUGCUAAUGUCUGUCGCUCAGCACUAGAAAGAGACAUGGAAGCAGCCGUCUGCAUGUGUAACUGAUAUGGGCACAUCUGGAUGUAGCUUUCCAUAUAUUGUGACGCUUAUUCGGAACCCAUUCAUAGGUGCAACCCCCUCCCCACCAAUUGCUGCACGUACACAACAUCCUACUCAGGCCUAGAGUUGGAUCGGGGCCUUUGGGCAUUGUUGCAGCUCAGCCAUUCAACAUGAAAAAAAGUUCUCAUGGCAAUGCAAUAUAUAAACCACACUCCAUGCACAAUCAAUUAUCCUCCAAGCAUCGCGUUGCCAUGCUCUGUUAAGAUGUUCCUUUGACUACUGUUUAUUAUUAUGGAAUGGAACAUCUUCCUGCUCACUAAAGCUCAAUACCAGGGCAAAAUGAAUGUUGCUCGGGAACUUUUUUGAAAACUCUGAAUGCUCAGUAGGGCACAGACUUCUGGCGGCCCUCCUUUCCCAUUCAUAUGCUUGACAAUUAAAUGGUGGGGGGUUAAAACAGAAACCUGUUGGGCUCCACUUUUUGCUCUUCCUAGCUAUCCCUUCCAGUCACUUCUUUUGUUCAGUUAAAAGAAACCACAAAAAUCCUUGUUCCUACGUGCAGUUCUCUUGUGCCGUUUAAUCAUUGAUUUUGGGAUAUCACGAUUUUUCAUUCUUGUACAUUUGAGGAUAUAGCUUCCUAAAGUUUAGCAAGAUGACAGCAACUCAAAAAGAAGCCACUUUAGAACUUUUGAUUGAUGCUUCCCUACAGAAGUAUUUGUUCUGCUAACAGGUGCUUAGCAGAAUCUCGUCUGACCUGGCAGUUAAUGAGACCUCUCCUAGCUUCUUCCUGUGCUUCCUCCAGGUAUGGACUGCCAGUUCCGGUGCUCAUUUCAGCCGUGAUUCAUGAUGAGGCCGCAGCGUUUCAGCAUUUUGUAGUUUGAUGACGCCUCCCAGUCACAGAGUUCAAGAAAGUGCUUUUUUAAAAUUAAAAAACUGCACUAAUGAACUACUUACUGCAACACAUGGAAACGCAGGAGCCCUUUCUUGCCCCAUAAAAUGUGGAAUAGAGAAAAGAAGUUAAGAUUAAGAACUGAAGGUAAAGGGACCCCCUGCCCAUUAGGUCCAGUCACAGAUGACUCUGGGGUUGCGGCGCUCAUCUCGCUCUAUAGGCCGAGGGAGCCGGCAUUUGUCCGCAGACAGCUUCCGGGUCAUGUGGCCAGCAUGACUAAGUCGCUUCUGGCGAAGUAGAGCAGCGCACGGAAACACCGUUUACCUUCCCACCAGAGCGGUACCUAUUUAUCUACUUGCACUUUGACGUGCUUUCGAACUGCUAGGUUGGCAGGAGCAGGGACCGAGCAACAGGAGAUACACCCUUGAAUAUUGUGUGCAUCUGGUCUAUAUGACCAAGUGUCCACAAUCGAGCUUACAGCUUGUUAGUAGUUGUUUUCACCAAUUCUCUUAUGAGAUCUGGUGGCAUUGCUGAUGUUUAUGACCAUUCCUUUUUGCAUACAAAGUUACAUUCCAUGCCCAAGAUCCUAGUGAAUCUUAGGGCACCAUAUUUGACAAUUCUAGCACUAUUUCUUCACUGCCUUCUGCUACCAAUGGAGGUGUCUCUCAGCAUUGCAUAUCUAACAUGAAAGUCUAAUAAGAUGAAAGGGUUGAGCCUGUUGAGCAGCUGGCUGCCUAUUCUCUGCAGUAAUUCAUAUUUACUUCUCACGAGCUUCCAAAGCUGUGUGAGAUCUCCAUGCACUAGAAAGUUAUGGUUCUGAAUACUAUGCUCAGAAUAGACAAAAUGCUUCUUGUUCUUUUGCCUGGUAGUGAUUUUCAGUGUUGCGCACUGCAAUGGGACAAAAUGUAGGCUUUCCAAAUAGAAAACUAGCAGCAAGGAAAAUGGAAGGUGACUGGGCUAAGCAAUCAUCGCCUGCAGGAGCUACUAAGGGCCACAGGCUAAUGAAAUGAUUGGAAAUGAGGACAUUAACAAAACUCUACAGAAAUGUUCUUAUAGGUGAGGUUCAAAUAGGAAUGGGGUGAAAGUCAGUUCACUUUGCAUUUUAAUGCAUGCCUACCUUAAUUCACACUCAUUGAAAUAAUACAUGAUUAAAAUGAAGCUAUCCUUUAAAAUUCACACUUCUCCAAAAUUUGUGAUGUUGUGGUCCAACCAGGAAACAAACAAAAAAUCCAAAAUACACAGAGUAUAAAAAUGCACAUUAGUGAAAAUAACAUUAAAAAUGCCUUACAGAUGGGGAAAUUGUGUUGCAAAAAAUGUGUGUCUUGGGCAAGAUUGCAUAUAUGAAGCAUACAUUAGGAGAUAUGCACACUACAGGCUCGUUUUGUGACAUACAGUAUAUAUAUGGAAACUGAUGCAGACAUGCGCUGAACUGAAUUCAAGACUAGAAAAAUAAGAAAAUGAGAUAAAAGCAAAACUGACCAACUUGUCCCUUCCUAGAUGCCAACCUCCAGAGGAAGAUCUGUAGCCCAACAGCUCUGCAGCUAAACCUGCUCAAUAGAUACCUUUCAAAGUUAAAUGGUGAGCUUUAAUAUUGAUGCUCAGCAGUGCUUUUCUUUUAGAAAAAAAGGUGUCAGUACUCACUAUGAAGUUGUUACAGUGCUUUUCUUUUAGGAAAAAAAAGGUGCAGCUAUCACAUACCCUUGAGUACCCCCAGAAAAAAAGCACUGCUGCUCAGUGAGGUUCAUAACAGAGAUAUUAGAAGUAACACCUUAUCAUUGCGUCGUAACAAACUAUUACCUUGUUUCUCCAAAAAUAAGACACUGUCUUAUAUUUAUUUUUCCUCAAAAAAAACGCACUAUGGCUUAUUUUCAGGGGAUGUCUUAUUUUUUCCCCUCCUCCUCCUCCUGCUGCGGCUGGCAUUGCUGCUGUGCCUAUCACUAUACCUUCUUUUCGGGGUAUGGUUUAUAUUCCUUGAAUGCUUGAAAAUCCUGCUACGGCUUAUUUUAUGGCUACGUCCUAUUUUCGGAGAAACAGGGUAGUAUGUAUAGAUUUGAAAGACCUCCUUAGUCUUCCUUCCAUUCUGUUGUCUUCUCAUACUCUCUGUGAAAGAGCCUUCUCAGAUAUAAAGCAAAGUAACACCCUGUAAUAAUUACAGGUAGGUAGCCGUAGUCGAAACAAAAUAAAAAAAAUUCUUUCCAGGAGCACCUUAGAGACCAACUAAGUUUGUCAUUGGUAUGAGCUUUCGUGUGCAUCUGAGGAAGUUGCAUCUGAGGGUGUAUCUGAAGAAGUGUGCAUGCACACGAAAGAUCAUACCAAUGACAAACUUAGUUGGUCUCUAAGGUGCUACUGGAAGGAAUUUUUAUAGUUUGUUUCGACCCUGUAAUAAGUUUAAGAGACAAGAGCAGAGGGAAAAAGAGGAGUUCCGAUCCACUGUUCGAAGAGAGUAGCAAAGCCAGCAAUAUCCCAGAUAUUAAUGUAGGCUUUACUGUGGAUUUUGAAAGAUGUGACAGACCUUCCUAAGGCUUACAGUGUAAUCCUAUUACACAUUAACUCAGAAGAAAACCUCACUGAUCACAGCCUCACACAGUGUCUUCCCCAACUUUUCCAGAUUUGGGUCUUGGGAUGAACCUCAAAAGUGUUGAUGAGCUGGUACCCCAUGAUGUUGCAACAGACCUUUUUCUUUUGGCCACAAGGCUAAUAAUCCAUAGCCACACUGCAGUUCACUGCCUUUAGAAAAUAAAUUCAACCUGACUAGGAGAUAUGAGCUCGCCAGAGAAUUUGCGGUGGGUCUUGAGCAUUAAAAUCCACCAUCGCGGCCCAUGUACAAAUACCCUGAGGCAACGGCAGCUUUCGCCAAGUAAGGAAGCAACACCCAUCCUCUUCAAAAGCACUUACUAUAUGCAUACGUCUGCCUUUGAAGUAAGUUUUCUUAGAUUUUUAAACUAAACAGUCAAUUCCUAUGCACCCUGAUUUCAAGCAGUUCAAUUUUGUGUUAUUAAAUGCCAUUUCUUUUUAAAACAAUUUCCGUACCAAAAUUCCUCGUUAACGUGUGUGUCAGGAGCCUUGAUUUUUUUUAAAAGCACCAUUGGUUCCUUAGAAGCCAUUUUCAACUUACUCUCCUGCAAGUGCUUAGGCCAGGAGGUACCAGUUCAACCCCUCAAGUUACACCCGUGCAAGUAUGAAAAUGCAAAUCAUUUUCGAGCGUUGAACUUUGGCCAUUUAGUUAUGUAGGCAUGUGUGUAAAUCUCAUCCAAAUCAAGACAGGGUAUAUUGAUGGCAAUCACUGUGACAGGGCAACCUAUUGUGGCAAAGAUAUCAGAGGUAUCCCAUCAGCCACCAUGCUUUUUUACUGUAUGCUGCAUUUUUCUUUUUGGUAAAUUCUAUUGUGCUUAAUGGGAUCUUGGUAGGCUUUUUAAACUGCACAUGGCAUAAACAGCUCUCUGGAGCCCUGUUCAAGUAUACCUACAUAUCACUAAGAAGUAGAACUGUAUUAGAUGUGGUGUGUAUAAAAAUGUCACUCCCUUCAACUAUUCACCUGUUUCCAGAAAUAGAUAUUUGCCAAUCACGUGUAAUAAUUUAAUCAGGAAACCAGCCCUAUUUCUUGAUAACCUGUUAUUAUAUUGGGGCAGGAUGUUUGCUAGAUGAAGACAAGAGCUAUCUAGGCAAAGAUGAUGGGAGAUGGCAAAAAUCCUUCUGAGCAGAAGACAAGAUGGGAACAGCACAAAUUGGGUAGCAGCACGAGAUGUUUGUAUCCCAAGCAAGGAAGGGGCAAUGCUGCAGAUAAGUUUGAGGCAGCACUCAGAGGGGUCUCCAGAGGGCAGAAAUGCUAGUGAGCCUGUCUUCCCCACCUCGGAUCAGAACUUUUGGUGCCAUUUAUGGAGAACCCCAAAGGACAGAGCUUUGGGAAGUGUGGCUGGAGCAUCUACUUGACAUGCAGAGGAUUCCAAAUUCAGUCCCUGGCAUCUCCAGUAAGGGCUGGGCUGGGAGCAACUCCUGCCUGAAACCCAGGGAAGCUGCUGCCAGUCAGUGUAGACAGUACUGAGCAAAAUGGACCAAAUGAACGGUCCGACUCAGUAUAAGGCAGCCUCCCAUGUUCCCAGUUUUGUAGCAAAGUUUUACGAAUUAAUCCGCAUCAAGGUGUACAAUUAGCAGAGACUCCACACUUCGCCGCAAGCAUGGAAUGCUGCUGCUCGUGCAAUUGGUACAAGGGGAAGAUGCAAACAGUUGGACAUUCAACUCAGAUUGUUCCCACUAUACACUUUACAGCUUGUUUUGUUUCCUGGGCUCUGAUUCUGUAGCCACUUUGACAAUCUGACCUGGAGAGAGGUUUAUUUAUGAAAUCUGUAUACUGGAGAGCAAAAGUGAAACUGACCGAAAAAUUUAUUUGUUUGUUUCUGGCCAAACUAAACCAACUUAGCAGUUAUGGUAUGAUGGCUGAUAUAUGUGGGACGAGGUGGUUUCAAAGGAACCAGAAGUGCUGAGAAAUCUGAAAGGAAGAGUGAAGUUUUAGUGGCUUCCUUCACCAAUUUCAAUUGUUCUGGUUUAGGAAUGGCUCAGCUUCUGGUUAUUAAGUUCUCUUUUCCCCACAAAAACAAACAAACAAACCCUACAAGUGGUUUUUAAUACAACCAGCCUUUGCAAUUUCCCCUUUGGUGCACUAGAAAGUUAUGGUUGAGAUAGCACCAGUCAAGGCACACAAAAAAGAUCUUGGGAUUUGUUGUCACUUAAACAGGCAAAGGCAACACAGAGGAAAUCAUGUUCUGGAAGGAAGCCCUAUGAGCUAAAUUUUUUUUUGAAAAAAACUUUUAGUUCUUUCCACCUUUGCAACUUACAUUCCAUCAAAUGAAAUGACUGUACAGAACACUAUUGUAGUGCUGUUGUUGUGAAAAGUGCAUUCAACUACCCUUGUAUUAUCAGGCUAUGCUCACAACACGACAAUGAUAGCAGUUCAGUUGCAAGCUUCCAUUUUCUUCCCCAAAAAAUGUUCUGUUAAACAAUGUCAAUGAUAGAUUUAAAUGUGCGGUGCUGUUUUGUUUACCAUUUGGUUUGAAACUUUUAAGAUCAAUUUUAUACAUAUCUCUCUCUAUCUCUCUAUCUGUAUUUGUUCAGGAAAUGCAUGUGUGGGGACCCUAAGCGAACGUUCCCAUCAGUAUUCCUGGCUCCUUGGUUCAUGUGAGGACCUAACUUUUGUGACUAUGGUUUUUGUUCUACACAAAGGCACGCUUGCAAUAAAAUUUUUACAAGUUUUCUACACCAUAAGCUAAAUUCUGAGUUCCAAAAUGUGAAGUGUGGUAACAAAACAACUGAAUGGAUUUAUAGUAUCACUCUGAUAUCUUGUCAUGUGAUUUCCCCCUUCCCAAUGCAAAGUUUGUUUACAAUCAACAACUUUGAAAUACAGUCAAAUAUAGAUUACAUCUUCUCUCGUCUCAUUUUUGCUGGAGGGAAGGGUGGAGGACAUGAUUAAACAUCUGAAGCAGGGGAGGGGGAACCUCUGGUCCUUCAGAUGUUAUGGGACUCCAAUUCCCAGCAUCCCUGACCAUUGGCUAUGCUGAAUGGGGCUGAUAGGAGUUGGUCUAUAAACAUCUGGAAAGCCACAGGUUCCCCAUCCCCAAUCUAACGAAUCCCAUCAGCCACAAAGAACCGACCUGUUCAAAGCUCAAAUUUGAUACCUGACAGUUUGGAUAAACAACUGGUAUGUUUCUUGUUACUUGGCCGUAUUUGAUUUAUCCGAUGGGGCUCAGUAUUUUGACAGUAUGUGAUAUUUUCCAGGCAAUGGUAUCUGAUCUUUGAGAGCUAUUAUUGGAAAAACUGGUAGGAUUUGAAAAUUGUCAGCUUAUGGCAUUUGAUACCUAUCAACAAACAAUUUCCAAGCAGUCAGAAGCACUCAAAUAUAUAACUCAAAUUUUGAAGUCAAACAUUUUGAAAUUAUCUUAAUUUCAUUAUCUUAAUUUCAAAUGCCCAGAAUUUGGCUUAAGCAGAUGCACUGCUUUUUCAUAAAUUCCAUUCUCACCAGUAGCAUGCUGGAUUUUUAGUUACUGUUGUACCUCGGAAGUCGAACACCUUGAGACUCAAACAUUUUGGCUCCUGAACGCCGCAAACCUGGAAGUGAGUGUUCCGGUUUGCAAAUGUUUUUUGGAACCUGAACGUCCAACGCAGCUUCCGAUUGGCUGCAGGAGCAUCCUGCAGCCAAUCAGAAGCUGUGCCUUGAUUUUUGAACGUUUUGGAAGUCAAAUGGACUUCCGGAACGGAUUCCAUUUGACUUCCGAGGUACCACUGUAUUUCUAUUUUUUAAAAGCAUACCAAGUGGGGUAUGUAGACAUGAUUUGCUAGCCACAAGAUGCAGCAGGCUCAAGUGGAGCCGGAACUAGGAACUGGUUGCUCACGCUGCUGUGCUGGGAAGCCAAAUUACAAUUCUUGAUUCAUGCUGUCCAGCUAAAAAUAUCUGAACACAUGGCUGAAGAUAUCAUGUGUCCCUGUCAUUGGCAAAGGCACCAGCAAUAACCACACAUUAGAUCUGACAAUUCGGCACGGGAGAUUUCACUGGAAGAAAGGCAUAGGACACACACAACCAAUUAGGCAAGCAUUAUGUGCAAUGAUUGCAGAAACACUGGAAUGCAUCCAACUGUGGCUUUACGUUAGUGCCAGGCACUUCCAUUUGCACAAUGCAGUGGUAAUUGGCAAAAACUGUUUAUCUCAUCUUAUGCACAGAAGCCACUCUUGGGCACAAUCCAGUCUGUUUCUGUAACUCAAUGAAUUCUAUCUCAUCCACAAUGGCUAUAAUUAUUAGAGCUCAUAUCUGUUAAGUCACAUGUUGUGACAUUGGGAAUGUAACAGUUUCAGCAGUGUAAUAAUAGUUUUUGCAUUGAUACACCACCUUUCCACCAAGGCCCCCAAGGUUUGCAGUACUUACAUGCAGGAACAUGGUUGCUUUCCUUCUUAAGAAAGGACAGGGAGCACGUGGACCUCCUGAUAUUGUUGGACUCCCAAUUUCUAUCAACCGCAGUCAGCUACAGGAUGACGAAGGCUGUGCAUCUAGGGUUACAGGUUACCCACUCCUACUCUGAGAGUAGUGCUGCGUGGUCCAAUUUCUAAAAAGGUCGGCGUUUUUCUGCCUCGUUAGGAAAUCUUUAGAACUGGAUGGGUGCAGGAUUUUGAUUUUACCUUAUCACAGCAAGGUGACCGCGGACAAGGUGUGUUAUUUCUUUCUGGUAAACAUUUCACCAGCCCUGUGCAGCCUCCCUGGCUGUCCACACCAUCUGAGGGAAGAGUGGCUUCGUGGUCUCUUCCCCAGGGCUUUAAUGGGCACCUGGGCAGGCUGCAGUCCAUUUGUAGAAUGAAAAGCAAGGGCACUCACAGGUAAGUGCAACAACAACAAAAACCCUCUGCACCCGACCCAUUAGAAUUGGAGGAAAAAUAUAUCUUGGUAAGUUUUGAAUGGAAUUUAUUUUCUCAAUAACUGGCGAAGGGUUUUCAUUAAAGCCCCAAACAAUUAUCCCCCAUGCCACCCUACAGGAUAAUAAAGCUCUCUAGAUUGUAAUCUACACUGGAGGGUUUCCCAAUCCUCUGAAGCAGAUUUGGGCGAUGCAGGAGAGAAGAGGGGGGAAGUCCACCAAUGCAAGGACACCAUUGACUACAAUUGUGCCUAGCAUUUUGAUUCCCUGCUUGGGCAAGGGAGAGUAAAUUAUGGUUCUCAACAGCAAGCAUCGAUUGUGAAGGGCAUACAUGUGGCAGAGUUAUAGGUAGGGAGGUGAGAACAGGUGAGAACACUGGAAAUCUACUACCUGGCAGGCCAACUAUUGCUCUGCAAUCCCUUCACUUUUCCAGAUACUUGGUUCUGGAUAUUGACCCCACCUCCAGGAAAUAGCAACAGGCUAUUCUAACAUUUGAUACAAAUAGCGUCUCAGCUGUGGCUUGAUGGGAAAGUUAAGGGGAGCCCAAGUUGUCCUGAGCAAAGAAAGGCAAACUUACACAACUUGAAAUCUGUUUCAAAGUUGUGAUGAACUUCAGCAGGUGUUACAGAUAGUAAUAUAGUAUUACAUUAGUAGAAAUGGCAAGGAAUUGGAGGAGGUGGAAAUAGAAUGUUUCUGGUAAGGAACGUAGCUUCCUCUUCAAUCUACAUUAGAUGCAACCAUACUGUCUAGUGGCCACGGUGGAAGCCUUCUACCUUCAGCAACUCAUGAAACAAAUUCAUGAAAUCAAAUCCAAAGCACCAUGAACCAAUUCAAAGCAUCCUUGGUGUUUUUCAAAUCCAUGACAAAUCUCUUUGGAAACGAAGAGAGAUUCAGAAGCGGUUUCAGAUACAGCGUGAAUGUUUGCUGUUCAAAGUAAAAUCAAAAGACCCAAUCAAACGGAUGCACCUCCCUGAUUGGAAAUGCCUCAAGCAUUCUUUGGAUCUGCAAAAUUGGUUUACAAAAACACAGGCCUGGUUUGCCUAUUAAACUAUAGCUUAUAUGAAAAACUUAGGAUUCGUGUGAAUGAGCAGCAUGCUGGUGCAAAAGUCCCUGCAGUGUGCCUCCCCCACCUUUCUUCACCGCAUGGAAGAAACAAACCAGGAG